AUGAAAACGGUAAGUGCCAAACGGUCCUACUAAAUAUUUCAUAAGUUUCGACAAGCUAAAUAAAUCGCUUAUAUUUCCCUAAUUGUAAAAUAAUUUAUAUGUUUGGCAUGUUGCGAGCUUUAAAAACUCACGUGGAGGCACCCAUAGUAGUUGCCACACGUGCGGCAUCAACAAAUGCGGAAAAGCUCGAGGAAAUUCGGGAACGUUUGGCGAAGGGUCCAAAUUUCCAGGACUUUGUCCAGAAUCCGGAUAACUCCAGAAGCGAGUGGGAGAGUUACGAGGGAAAGCUUCGUCGCGAAAAGGGCGAGGAGCAGCGUCUGCGACUGCCGCCGUGGUUGAAGACCACCAUUCCCGUGGGCAAGAACUACGCCAAGAUCAAGGCCCAGAUGCGCGAGCUCAAGCUGUCAACCGUCUGCGAGGAGGCUCGGUGUCCCAACAUCGGCGAGUGCUGGGGCGGCGGCGAGCAUGGCACCCAGACAGCCACGAUUAUGCUUAUGGGCGACACUUGCACCAGAGGCUGUCGAUUUUGUUCGGUAAAAACGGCUCGCAAACCUCCACCGCUGGAUGUAAAUGAGCCCGUGAACACAGCCACGGCAAUUGCUUCCUGGGGAUUGGAUUACAUUGUUCUCACCUCAGUUGAUCGCGAUGAUCUGCCAGACGGCGGCUCGAAGCACAUUGCCGAAACUGUUCGCGAAAUAAAGGCGCGCAACUCGAACAUCUUUGUGGAGUGCCUGGUACCAGAUUUCCGAGGCAAUCUAGAGUGUGUCGAGACGAUCGCCAACAGCGGCCUAGAUGUUUAUGCGCACAACAUAGAGACGGUAGAGAAGCUCACACCCUAUGUGCGAGAUAGGCGUGCUCACUACCGCCAGACCCUGCAAGUGCUAGCCGAAGCGAAGCGAUUCAAUCCCAAUCUUAUCACUAAGAGUUCCAUUAUGCUGGGUCUUGGUGAGACCGACGAGGAGAUUGAAAGCACCUUAAAGGAUCUGCGGACGGCCGGAGUCGAUUGCGUGACAUUGGGUCAGUACAUGCAGCCCACAAAUAAGCACCUCAAGGUCAUCGAGUACGUCACGCCCGAGAAGUUCAAGCACUGGGAAGAGCGCGGUAACGAAUUGGGUUUCCUGUACACAGCCAGUGGACCGCUGGUUCGCAGCUCCUACAAAGCCGGCGAGUUCUUCAUUACUAGUAUAUUGGAGAACCGCAAGAAGAGGCAAAACGCCACUGAACUUCCCAAGGAGUAGUAAAAUUGCAAAGCCUUUCUGAGCCGAUGAUGGAUAGAUAUAUUCGCUACACCCGCGCCUGUUGUGCAAUGUAUAUAUUAGAUGACAUACUGUUUCGAAAUAAAAUCGAAUUGUUUUUAGUUUUAAA